AUGCUGACCACUGCUGUGAUCCUGUUAGCGCUGCAGUUCGUUGCCGCCGAAAUACCUCCAUACAUAAAAAUCUGUCAACGGAGUGACCCAAAUGUAGACAAAUGCAUCAUAAACUCAAUAGAAGAACUUCGGCCUAAGAUGAUUAAGGGCAUACCCGAACUGGAUGUACCGGGUAUCGAGCCCUUAAGUCUAGGGCAGAUAGCGCUCGCUCGCGGACCCCAAGGUGCCAAGCUUACUGCUGUCGUCAAUGAUGUCAAAGUUCGGGGCCCGAGUAAUUUUAUUAUUCAGGAGUUAAAGUCAGAUCUAGAUAGAAAUCGGUUUGAUUUCAAACUAUUACUACCAAGACUUGACUUCGCGGGGAAGUACAAGAUGGAUAUACAAGUGCUGCUCCUAAGGUUGCAGGGUAAAGGAAACAUCACUGGAUCUUUUAAGGAUUAUGCGUGCAACGUCACAAUGCGAGGCCAUAAAGAGAAACGCGGUGAGGAAGAAUACUUAAACUUUGAGCCUAUGAAGGUAAAGCUCCGCGUUGGGGAAUCUUCCAUUUACUUGACAAAUCUCUUCGACGGCGAUCCAGUCCUGGGUCCGGCCACAAACAGGGUCAUCAACGAUAAUUCUCAGGUAUUCUUGCAAGAAAUCAGUCCAGUCCUUGAGAAGAGUCUUGCUGAUCUUUUCACAGAGAUGGCGAACAAGAUAACAUCCAAAUUUACGUAUAAGGAACUGUUCCCCUGA